UGACGACAGCGGCGGAGAAGCAGCCAUCCUCGCUAGGUUUGUAUCGGGCCAGAUCAAUUCCGCUUUCGCCUCGAGCUGCGUACGCGUGCUUCUUCCAUAUCAUGUCGAUGCGUCUUGCCACAUCGCCGCGCAAGGCGGCAGCCGUCAAGCCGAUCCAGAAACGCAUUGGCAUCUUCCUCGACGGCACGUGGAACCAGAAGCAGACGCAGACCAACGUCUGGCGUCUCUACAUGCAAAUGGCCGACGGGACCUUUGGGCACGUGCACCAGAUCCGCAAGUACUUUGUCGGCGUCGGCAACAAGUUUGGUCACUGGAUCACUGGCGGCGCGUUUGCAGUCGGGAUGACCGACAUCAUCCGCAACGCCUACAUGUGGCUCGUCGAGCACUACAACGAUGGCGACGAGAUCUUCCUCUUUGGUUUCUCGCGCGGCGGGUACGAAGUCCGCGCGCUCCUCGGCAUGCUCGGGUCCGUCGGCUUGAUGAAGCCCAACAGCCCCAUGCACAUUGACCAGCUAUGGCAGCGCUACGAGCGCACGCUCGACACGCACGACGUCGAGGCGCUGAGUUUGCACCAGCUCAAGAAGCUCGCUGAUGUAACGAAUCUGGACGCUGAGAGCAAGUGGAUGCUCCAGUACUGCAAGGAAGUCAACAUCAAGUUUGUCGGCGUCUUUGACGUCGUCGCGGCCGAUUGGGGUAAAGUCCAGAAGGACGGCCAGAACGGCCAGCUCAUCGAGCACAUGUGCCACGCGCUCGCGAUCGACGAACACCGCUCGUCGUUUCGUGCGUCGGUCUGGGAAGACCUCGACGACGACGACAACAACGACGGCCGACGCGCGAUCGACGCCGGAUACGACUGGCUCGAGCAGCGCUGGUUUGUGGGCGCCCACAGCAACGUCGGGGGCGGCAUCACCAACGACGAGCUGAGCCACUUGCCGCUCAAGUGGAUCCGCGACCGUGCACACGACUAUGGCCUCGACUUCCGCCGCGACUCGGACAUUGAGCUCGAUGGGGAAGAAGUGGUGCGGCACGCGGCGCAGAUCGACCCGUCCAUGACGCUCAUGUACCAGAUCAUGCAGCUGGGUCAGCGCUUCUUUCGCCCUAUCGGGUCGUCCAAGACGCUCAACGAGACCAUUGACCCGAGUGUGCUCCAGCGAUUGCAGGACCCGACGAUGGAGUAUGCGCCCAAGAACCUCCUCGACUGGGCCGAGGGCCUCAAGAUCGAUUUGAUGGCAAUGUCGCCGGCACUGCUCAGCGUCAAGUCUGGUGAGGUACUCAAGGUCGCCGACGACACCAAGACCCCGGCCGCUACGUCCAGCUAA